CGUUACGGCGUCGAUGGACAUCGGUUGCGCGUUGCUAAAACUAUUGAACGAAACUAGAAUGUGAAAGUUUACUGUGGAGCUUUAAUUAGACAAUAUAUAUUUACUAAUCAAGACAUAUAUACAUUAAAGUCAAGCAUUAACAUAUUGAAAUAAGAGAUCAAAAUGGCACCGGUACCUUUAGAAGGUCAUCAAACUCCUGUUACAAACAACAUACCACAGGAAGGUAAUCGCGGAGGGUCCAUCUCCUUAGGAAUGCUUAUAGAUUUUAUUGUACAACGAACAUAUCAUGAGCUUACUGUCCUUGCUGAAUUAUUACCUCGUAAAACUGAUAUGGAACGCAAGAUUGAGAUUUAUAAUUUUUCUGCUCGGACAAGACAAUUAUAUGUCCGUUUAUUGGCACUGGUAAAAUGGGCAAAUAGUGCAUCUAAAGUAGAUAAAUCUGCACAUAUUAUGGCAUUCUUGGAUAAGCAGUCGUUGCUUUUUGUUGAUACUGCAGACAUGUUGGCAAGGAUGGCUCGUGAAACUUUAGUUCAUGCCAGAUUACCAAAUUUUCAUAUUCCUGCAGCUGUAGAAGUACUUACUACCGGGACAUAUGGCAGAUUGCCAGCCUGCAUUCGGGAAAGGAUAGUGCCACCAGAUCCAAUUACUCAUGCAGAGAAGAGAAGCACAUUGCAAAGAUUGAAUCAAGUUAUUCAACAUAGACUGGUCACUGGAAACUUAUUGCCCCAGAUGCGUAAUUUGAAGAUUGAAGCAGGGAGAGUAACGUUUCUCGUUGAGCAAGAAUUUUCGGUGUCUCUUACAGUUAUGGGUGAUGGACCAACAGUCCCAUGGAGACUGCUAGAAUUGGAAAUUCUGGUUUCGGAUAGAGAGACUGGCGAUGGAAAGGCAUUAGUGCAUCCGUUACAAUCUCGAUAUGUGCAUCAGGUUAUUCAAUCGCGAUUAGCUGAAAGCACUAACCCAUUAUCAGAAGUAUAUUAUAUAUUACAUUACUUUUGCCAGUCAUUGCAAUUGGAAGUUUUGUAUUCUCAAACGUUGAGGUUAAUUCGAGAUAGAUUGGAUGAUCAUAUUCAUGUAGAUGAUUACACAGCUGGCAAAUGUCUCUCCAUAUCUUACUGGAGGGAAUUAACAAGCAAAGAUCCACGAUCGGAACUUGGAUACAAAUUAACCGUUCAAGUAGACCAACAUGAUCCCGCAAGACCUCUUGCGGUUGUGCAUAUUCCAUCGUUAGGUAGUAAGGAAAGUGAAAUAGCACACAGAGCCAUCAGGUCGGACCAAUUGUCGAUGGAGUGCUUACUCGUUCAUACAAUUUACAUUCGGACACGAAGUCGUUUAUCUGAAUUGAAACAAGAGCUGCAGACGAUGCUGAAAGACGUUGAAUGUACGUUAGCGGGAUCUCCUGCAAUUUUGUCAGUACCAAUAUUGCAACCAUGCUUGCGUGCUGAGCUUCUAUUGGUUACAGUCGACACUCACACCGGCAUGCUUCAGUGUCAUGUCCCUCAAUACGACGCGCCUCUUGUACCGGAGUUAACAACGGCUCUGAAUGGAGAUCAUUCGCGUCUGCCGACGCUUAUAUCGGAAUUAAGAUUUUGGAUAACGCAGAGACGCUGCGAGAAGACGUUGCAGCAUUUACCAGCAACUGCUCAUGAACGUUUGCCCAUUUUGCAUCAUCCGGAUCACCCCAUGUCCAAAAUUAGUAGACAUCGAAUGUUCGUACAAUUACAUAGGCAUCCUACAGUCAUACUGAUCGUCGCAUUCAAAGAGAAAGAAAGUUCGCCGUGUGAGAUAGAAUGCACCUUUUAUCUCGCGGUGGUGAAACCAAGUACCGUCGAAGAUGAUCCACAUGAUGACAAUAUAGAGACGGAGAUACCAAAAAUGUAUUUAAAGGUCCAAAGCCUCAUUGAAUUUGAUACUUUCGUCAUCACUCAUGGUCCAUUUACAAGCGUCGACAGUGAAGUGGUGGAGAUGACGAGCAACAACAAACGUAGAAGCACGGGGAUCGGGGGCAGGACAGACGCGGCAGGAUCAUCGCAGAGCAGGAGACCAAAGCAUCCGGCUUAUUUCAUUCCGGAGUUGGCGCAUGUCGUUGCUCUGUGCGACGAGCGAAUACCAUUCGUAACUUUGGCUCAAGAGUUGAGCAAGCGGGAAAUAGCUCAUCAAGGGCUGCAGAUCGAAGCGAACGCUACAGCAUUGGUGCUCAAACUUGUUCAAUUACCCGCACCAUCGCCGAGUAUAGCUACCAGCAGCGCUUGGUAUGCCCUCUUGAAAAGGCUUCUCAGUGUUUCAAUCCGAAUCCAGGGCAAGGGUAUGGCGAAAACCUGGACAGCAGAGUUUGUAUUUUACGGUAGUCCUCUCUCUAGCAGCCAUCCUAAAGAACAAGGUUUGCGAAGACCGAUCUAUUUUCAAUAUGAAAUGGGCGCAGCCGAUACUGUCGCGCGUACUGUCGACACUUUGCUAAACGAUUGGGCACAAAUAGUGCACUUGUACACGAUUGUUCAUGAUUUAGCUGAAUAUUUUAAGAUGGAGAAGUAUAAUUUACGCAACAUGGUUAGUAUUAAAUCUUACAAUUAUAGCAAAUUAGUUCUUGCGUACGGCCCGAACCAAGGUGCAACUGUGACCGUACAAUGGAGUAUAAACGACAAAGCCUUCAGACUUCUGUUCGGAAAGAGUCCCACAAACACUAUACCUAACGCGCAUAGUAUAAUGAAGGAGCAACUGGAAGCCCAUUUGAACAGGCACAUGAAUUUGGCACAACUCAUUCAUAUACUUCAUGAAACGCUUCAGCCGCUCACGUCGAUUAGUAAAUUGCCAACGAUUCCUCAAUUAGGCGUGUAUAGCAACAGACCACAAGUUCCAGUACAAACCUUCACUAUAAUGCCACAAAGUGUCACUCUAGUAAGAAUAGCGUAUCAAGGAAUGUAUUGCUUGGAAUUGCGUUUACGCGGCGGAGGUCUGGUGAGCUUACGCGACGGAGCCUAUAGUCGUUUCGACCGCAGUAACGUCGUCGACGAGUUUACACCUACGCAAGGCCUAAAGGCGUUUUUGUCCAAGUAUGUCGAUGAAAGUGCAGUGUUCAGGAGGAGAUCUCAAUCGGAGGACGACAAUCCACCAUCGCCCAUCACUAUGGACAGCGACGGUGGGGGUGGAAACGUGGGCUUUUUGGGUCAUCAUAGAGGACCGCAGUCACCCGCGCAACAACGCGAAGGCUUGAGGUUUCACCCGCCGCUCACACCGCCCUCCGGCAGCAACCCUCACACACCGGCCAGUCCUCACACCGCAAAUAUAUCCCAGGCCAGUCAACACCAAACUUUCGGAAGUAGUCCCGCAACCUCGUUCAACUUAGCAUCACCACCGUCGUUACCGCCGAAUACACCAAACAUGCUACCACACCCGUCUCCUGGGUCGGGUCUCGUCGCCAACAGUCCUCUGAAUCCGAUGCACGUUCCUAGUCCCGCUGGUCUCAUGCCGACGUCAUCACCAGGACCUUGCAGCAACGUCCAAGUGGGGCAUUCGCCUGCUGGCUCUUUCAUGCAAACAGGUCACAUCGAUGGUAGCCCGUUCCCAUCUUCUCAGAGUAUGGCUUCUCCAGCUGCUUCCAACUGGCCUGGGUCCCCGAGCGUGCCGAGGCCUUCUCCGGCGAGACCCGGACAGAGCCCGAGCCAUGCGGCGCUGCACAGCCCGCAAGCCACCGAUCACAAAAUCGGUAGUCACAUAUCCAGAGUACUGCCAGCACGGUCUUGGGCAGGCGCUGUGCCGACUCUUAUUACGCACGAGGCGCUGGAUGUACUUUGCAGUCCAUCAUCUCAUCCCUCCGGCUUGCCGGGCCCGGACAUGUGCCCGCUCGAGAGAUUUUUAGGCUGCAUUUAUAUGCGAAGGCAACUGCAACGGUUCAUCCAGACGGAGGAAUGUGUAAGGAAACCUAUAUUACACAGUUAAAUGGUAUAAUCCGUCGCACAUAUUUAUACAUUUUGUAUAUACAAACACACUCGCAUAACAAGCAUAACAUCUUAUUUU